UCAGUGUUGUCACAUUUCUGCCAUAGGCUGCAAUGGUUAUGGUUAUUAUAUCCGCCAUGGACUGCAAUGCCAUACAACACUGUUUGGGAUUGAAUGUUGGAUGGUGAAAAGCCAACAAGAAAAUGAACUCUUUGUCAUAGUGUAUAGAGUGUAACUUUAUACAAAACAAGAUAGGACAUUUAUUAAAGAAAAAGAUGUUUAGCUAGUAGAGCUACUUGCAGUUUUAUGAUGCCGAGGGAAGUAUGCCGGUUAUAGUUGGAUGAAAUGCACAGGUAUCAUGCUGGCAGCUGCACUAGUGCAGUUAAUAACAGUAACCUAGGCGGGCCAUCUUCUAGGGAUACUGGAAGAUCUGAUUCAUCUUUUCCAGCUCACUUCCCUGUAAAUUCAAGGCGACAACCACCGUUAAACCCGUACAAGUUGAAGUGUGAUAAAGAACCUUUAAACUCUAGGCUUGGGGCUCCAGAUUUUCAUCCCCAAACAACAAAUUGCCCUGAGGAGACUCUGACCAGAGAAUAUUUGCAAUCUGGAUAUAGGGAUACAGUUGAGGGACUUGAGGAAGCUAGAGAAAUUUCACUGACCCAAGUUCCGCAUUUUAACAAGACAGUUGUUCAUAAUUGCAAAGAGGCUAUUAAAAAACGUCUAAGAGCCAUCAAUGAAUCUCGUGCUCAGAAGAGGAAGGCUGGUCAACUAUAUGGUGUGCCUCUUUCGGGGUUACAACUAGCUAAGCCUGGUAUUUUCCCUGAACUAAGGCCAUGUGGUGAGGACUUCCGGAAGAAAUGGAUUGAGGGCCUAUCUCAACCGCACAAGCGGUUACGCACUUUGGCCGACCAUGUUCCUCAUGGUUAUAAAAGGUCAUCACUUUUGGCAGUUCUAAUCAGAAAUAAUGUUCCAUUGCUAAGGGCUACUUGGUUUGUAAAGGUUACUUACCUCAAUCAAUUUCGACCUGGUUCUGCCGGCGUUUCUUCUGUGACUGCUGACAAAAUUCAGUUGUCUCGGACAGAGAUUUGGACCAAAGAUGUUAUCCAUUACUUGCAAAGUCUUCUGGAUGAGUUUUUCUCAAAAAAUACUUCUCAUUCUGCUCUUCAUAAUCGAGAGCGGUCACCACAAAUGCCUUAUGCUGGAACACUGAUUCACAAAAGUGAUCCAUUUUUAUCUUUUUCUGGUGGUGAAGAGUCAUCCUUACAUUUUAAAUGGUGGUAUAUUGUUCGACUUUUGCAAUGGCAUCAUGCCGAAGGACUGAUUCUUCCUUCUCUUGUUCUUGAUUGGGUUUUGAAUCAACUACAGGAAAAAGAUCUACUUGAGGUUUGGCAGCUGUUAUUGCCUAUCGUAUAUGGCUUCUUAGAAAUUGUCGUUCUAUCUCAAACCUAUGUACGCACUCUUGCUGGAAUCGCUCUUCGUGUUAUUCGUGAUCCUGCUCCAGGUGGAUCAGAUCUAGUAGAUAAUUCCAGAAGGGCAUAUACAACGUAUGCUCUUAUUGAGAUGCUCCAAUAUUUAAUUCUUGCAGUGCCAGAUACUUUUGUUGCUUUGGAUUGCUUUCCUUUACCAUCCUCCGUAGUCUUGCAUACAAUGAACGAUGGCAAUUUUGUAUUAAAAUCAACCGAAGCCGCAGGGAAGAUAAAGAAUAGUUCAGAUGAUUUUGGUCGCAUCAUUUCAUGUAUUCAGAAACGUGCAGAAGAUCUUGCCAAGGCCGCAAGCCCAGGCCAUCCAGGUCAUUGUCUAGCUAAAGUCGCGAAAGCCUUGGAUAAUUCUCUUAUGCUUGGUGACUUACACGAAGCUUACAAGUUUCUUUUUGAAGAUUUUUGUGAUGGAACUGUAUCUGAAGGUUGGAUUGCAAAAGUGAGCCCUUGUUUAAGGUUAUCUCUGAAAUGGUUUGGGACUGUAGAUACAUCUCUUAUAUAUUCAGUGUUUUUCCUCUGCGAGUGGGCAACAUGUGGUUUCCGGGAUUUUUCUACUACCCUUCCUUGUGACAUAAAGUUUUCAGGUAGGAAAGAUCUUUCCCAAGUGCAUAUAGCAGUUAGACUUUUGAAGAUGAAAUUGAGGGAUAUGAAAACUUCACCGAGACAAACUAAUGAAAGCAUUCGCAGAGCUAGUUACAUUGCAAAAUAUGGAAGUCAGAGGCAUAAUCGGAAUUACGGGGCUAAUGAAUCCAAAUUAAAAUAUAACCAUACUUAUGGCUCUUCUGUAAUAUCUGAAAGCCCAGGACCUCUCCAUGAUAUUAUAGUUUGUUGGAUUGAUCAGCAUGUGGUGCAUAAAGGGGAAGGUCUCAAGCGCCUACAUUUAUUCAUAGUUGAAUUGAUACGUGCAGGCAUCUUUUUCCCCUUGGCGUAUGUACGUCAGUUGAUAGUGAGUGGGAUCAUGGAUACAGAUGUGAAUGUGGUUGACCUGGAGCGACAAAAAAGACACUAUCACAUCUUAAAGCAGCUGCCUGGGCAUUUUAUGCGUGACGCUUUGUCAGAAUCUGGGAUUGCUGACGGGCUGCAGCUCGUUGAGGCGUUGCAGAUUUUCUUGACUGAACGCCGCCUCAUACUUCGUGGUUCUCUGAGUGAGCGCCAUGAUGGUGCUGCCAGUGCCAAAAAAUCUACUUUGAAGCGUAAACAAUAUCCAGGUUCUUCAAAGGAUGGGACUUCUAAAAGUGCAAAGGAUGGUGCUAGCAUUGAAGAACUUAAAGAAGCCAUCUCAGUACUGUUACAACUACCUAAUAGUUUAACUAAUCUAAACUCUACAGGAAGUGACGAAUCUGAAGGCAGUAUUAGAAGACCUACCUUGCCUCGUUAUGGCAAGAUUGAUCCAGUGGUGGAGGCAACACCUGGGUGUGAAGAAUGUAGAAGAGCGAAGAGACAAAAGUUAAGUGAGGAAAGAAGCUCGGUUGUUCCAGGCCGUUCUCAACUUAUAUCUGAUGAUUACGAUACAUGGUGGGUGAAGAAGGGGUUGAAACCGACAGAACCUGUCAAAGUUGAUCAACCACAAAAGUCAACCAAGCAGGUUACUAAGACUCGUCAGAAGAAUGUGCGUAAAAUGAGUCUUGCUCAACUGGCAGCUUCUAGAAUCGAGGGUAGCCAAGGGGCAUCAACUAGUCAUGUGUGUGAUAAUAAGGUAAGCUGCCCUCACCAUAGAAAUGCUAUAGAUGGAGAUGCUUCAAGGUCCGGGGAUAGCAUACGAACAAGUAGGGAUAUUGUUUUCAUUGGAAAAACGCUAAAGCGGCUUCGUUUUGUUGAGAAAAGGGUUGUAGCAGCUUGGCUUUUGACUGUUGUUAAGCAGGUGAUUGAAGAGAAUGAAAAGAAUAUUGGUAAAGUUGGGCAAUUUGGCAGAGCUUAUUCUAUGGUGGAUGAUAGAAGCUCAAUACGGUGGAAACUUGGCGAAGAUGAGCUUUCUACUAUACUUUAUUUGAUAGACAUCUCUGAUGAUUUGGUAUCAGCUGUAAGGUUUCUCCUCUGGCUAAUGCCAAAGGUUCUCACAACCCCAAAUUCUACAAUUCAUAGUGGGAGGAAUGCUCUUAUGGUACCAAGAAAUGUGGAAAACCAAGUUUGUGAUGUCGGAGAGGCUUUUCUGCUAUCAUCACUCAGAAGGUAUGAGAACAUUCUUGUUGCAGCAGACCUUAUUCCCGAAGCUUUGUCAUCUGCAAUGCGUCGUGCGGCCACUAUUAUUGCAUCUAAUGGAAGGGUGUCAAAUUCAGGAGCCACAGCUUUUACUCGGUAUUUAUUGAAAAAAUACAGUAAUGUUGCUAGUGUCAUUGAGUGGGAGAAAACUUUUAAGUCCACAUGUGAUGCAAGACUCUCCUCUGAAAUUGAGUCUUUUAGGUCAGUGGAUGGAGAGUUGGGGUUGCCCCUUGGAGUUCCUGCAGGAGUUGAUGACCCUGAUGAUUUUUUCCGUCAGAAGAUAAGUGGUAGCCGGUUACCAUCCAGAGUAGGUGUAGGUAUGAGAGACAUAGUGCAGCGUAAUGUUGAAGAGGCAUUCCAAUAUCUCUUUGGAAAAGAUAGAAAGCUCUUUGCUGCUGGUACACCCAAAGGUCUUGCUUUAGAAAAAUGGGAUAAUGGAUAUCAAAUUGCUCAACAAAUAGUUAUGGGAUUGAUGGAGUGCAUAAGGCAGACUGGUGGUGCUGCUCAAGAAGGGGAUCCCUCUUUGGUCGCUUCUGCGGUUUCUGCAAUUGUUGGCAGCGUAGGUCCAACUUUAGCCAAAAUGCCCGAUUUUUCAUCUGCCAUCAAUCAUUCAAGUAUAAUGUCAGCAACAAGUUCAUUGAACUAUGCCAGAUCCAUUCUGCGGAUGUACAUAACAUGUCUGUGCCUGCUUAAGGAAGCACUGGGGGAGCGCCAAAGCCGUGUAUUUGAUAUUGCUCUUGCAACUGAAGCUUCUAAUGUUUUUGCUGGUGUUUUUGCUCCUACGAAAGCAUCUCGAGCUCAGUUUCAAAUGUCUUCUGAAGUCCAUGAUACUAGUGGCAUUUCAAAUGACGUGGGAAACAACUCUAUUAAAACUGUGGUCACAAAAACGACAAAAAUUGCUGCUGCUGUUUCUGCGCUUGUUGUUGGUGCAGUUAUAUAUGGUGUUACCAGCCUAGAAAGAAUGGUUACCAUUCUUAGGUUAAAGGAGGGGCUUGAUGUAAUACAAUGUAUUAGAACCACAAGAUCCAAUUCAAAUGGAAACGCCCGUUCGGUUGGGGCUUUUAAGGCAGAUAACUCAAUUGAAGUUCACGUCCAUUGGUUUAGAUUGCUUGUUGGAAACUGCAGAACUCUCUGUGAAGGAUUAGUGGUGGAUCUCUUAGGUGAACCAUCUAUUGUAGCCCUUUCAAGGAUGCAACGUAUGCUUCCUCUAAGUCUGGUUUUUCCGCCUGCCUAUUCAAUAUUUGCCUUUCUUAGAUGGCGGCCGUUCAUUCUGAAUGCAAACGUUGCAGUUCGUGAAGACACAAAUCAACUUUACCAGUCUUUAACAAUGGCUGUAGCUGAUGCUAUAAAACAUUUGCCUUUUCGAGAUGUAUGUUUCCGAGACUGUCAGGGUCUUUAUGAUCUUAUGGCUGCAGAUGGAAGUGAUGCUGAAUUUGCAGCCAUGCUACAGUUGAAUAGCUCCGAUAUGCAUUUAAAGUCCAUGGCUUUUGUUCCUCUCCGUUCUAGGCUUUUUCUGAAUGCCAUGAUUGAUUGUAAGAUGCCACCACCUAUUUUUACAAAGGAUGAUGUGAACCGUGUUUCUGGACCCGGUGAAUCUAAAAUUAAGUUUGCAAAUGGUGAUUCUAAGCUUCAGGAUAAGCUUGUGCAUGUUUUGGAUACCUUGCAGCCUGCCAAAUUUCACUGGCAGUGGGUUGCACUCAGACUGCUUUUAAACGAGCAAGCUCUUAUUGAAAAACUGGAGACACAUGACGUGUCUUUAUCUGAUGCCAUACUGUUAUCCUCGCCAAGUCCAGAGAAGGUUGCGGCUGCUUCUGAGAAUGAGAGCAAUUUCAUUGAAAUACUUCUCACUAGGUUACUGGUUAGACCCGAUGCUGCACCUCUUUUUUCAGAGUUGGUUCAUCUCUUUGGUAGGUCACUACAGGAUUCAAUGUUGUUGCAAGCUAAAUGGUUUCUUGAAGGGCAAGAUGUCCUCUUCGGUCGAAAGACCAUUAGACAAAGGUUACAUAACAUUGCUGAGAGUAGAGGACUUUCUGUUAAGACUCAGUAUUGGGAGCCGUGGGGUUGGUGUAGCCAGAGUGCCGAUCCAGUGACUACCAAAGGAGAUAAAAAGAAGUUUGACAUCACAUCACUCGAAGAAGGAGAAGUUGCUGUUGAUGAGGGGAUAGAUCUGAAAAGGAGCCUAAAAGGGCUCUCUCAAGUAUUUGACUCUGAAAGCUCAAGAAUUAACCAGCAACAUGUGACUGAGAAGGCUCUUAUUGAGUUGCUUCUUCCGUGCAUGGACCAAAGCUCUGAAGAAUCCCGCAAUACCUUUGCAAAUUGUUUGAUGAAACAGUUAAGUAAUAUUGAGCUACAGAUAAGUGCUGUUACCGGUGGAAGUAAGCCGGUGGGAAGUAAUCCUCCUGGAGUUGAAGGUCAGACAACUAAAGUAAAUACCAGGAAAAGUUUGAGAGGUGGCAGCCCUGGAUUAGCAAGGCGACCGACAGUUGUAACAGAUUCUUCUCCACCAUCUCCUGCAGCUCUACGUGUUUCAAUGUCGCUGCGUUUGCAGUUACUGAUGAGAUUUUUUCCUAUUCUUUGCGCCGACAGGGAGCCAUCUGUGCGGAACAUGAGACAUUUUUUGGCCCCCGUAAUUCUUCGUCUCCUAGGUAGCCGGGUUGUGCACGAGGAUGCAAAUAUUUUGACAAAUGCCGUACAUUCUAAGAAGGAUUUAGAGUCAUCUUCUGAAGCUGCUUCUGCUGCAUUCGUAGACUUUUCUGCUGAAGGUCUAUUUGAUCGUUUGUUGUUAGUUUUACAUGGGUUGUUAAGUAGUUAUCCUCCUAGUUGGCUUAGGCUGAAACCUGUUUCAAAGUCUAUCAAUGAACCUAUGAAGGAAUCUUCUGGCUUUGACCGAGAAUUAUUGGAGAGUUUGCAGAAUGACAUGGACCGUAUGCAAGUGCCUGAUACUAUUCGGUGGCGUAUCCAAGCUGCAAUGCCUGUACUUUUUCCCUCUAUCCGGUGCUCUUUCUCCUGCCAGCCUCCACCGGUUUCAAUUUCUGCUCUUGUUUCAGUUCCAGGCUUUAACUCUAGUAGUUCAGCUAACCCUCCUAGGAACCCGGUUCUAUCAAGGGUUGCAGCUAAUGCAUCAUCAGGGAAGUCAAAACAACAGGACAGUGAAUUGGAAAUAAUUGAUCCUUGGACCCUUUUAGAAGACGGCGCUGGUUCUUGCCCUUCUGCAAGUAAUACUGCUAGCAUAGGAGGUGGUGACCACGCUAAUAUUCGGGCUGCGAGCUGGCUUAAAGGAGCUGUAAGAGUGAGAAGGACAGACCUCACAUAUGUUGGUGCUGUGGAUGAUGAUAGUUGAUUAACAAUAUUUUUUUAUUGGUUUUGGAUUGGAAUAUGCAAACCCCUCAGCAGGUGCAUUUUUAUGCCAUUUUGUGCUUGCCCUUUUUAAGUUAAAGGGAAGCUGAGGGGCACUAUUUUGAAAAAUGGGUGAAGGGAUGUCCUCACAGCUCAUCCAAUGAGCCUGGUCUGGUUGACCCCUGACAUGCUGAUCACACUUUCUGGCACAGUUCAGAAAGGGUUUGUUGUAUAUAUAGGGAUGACUGUUUUAGUACCAGUUGAUCAUAUGUCAAGUGGUAUAUGUAGCUGUGUCAUGUUCAUUUAUGUCAAAUGCAUACUUGUGUGAUGACUGUGUAUGUAUCUUUUAGAGACACAAGCACACACAAGGGCACUCAACCAUUGUUUUCUUUUUAUAUACAUUUAGAUUAUCAAAGUUAUGUGCUUGAUCUGGAUGAGCAUCAGAAUCAAUGAAUUGUUGUAGCAUUCAAUUAUUUCCUGGCAAGUCCAGUGGUGAUAAUGUCAUUUCUGCCUGAGUUUUAUCAGGAAAAGAAUUAUAUACGCAGCUUAUCGGUUAA